AAUAUAACGUUAAAUCAUCCCCAUAUCAUUUCAUAGAAGAAUAUAUAGCAGUGCCACUAGGUAUGAAUGUCUCGCCAAAGCAAGGAUGAUGUGAUUGACAGUUUGACACUUCGACAUCUCUGAACCAAGAUGGUGUUGUCUUGUUCUCAUUUCCGCGUCACGGUGGAACCUGUGAUGUUCUUCUACAUGAUGGCCGUGUUCAUUACCUUCCCAGCAUUCCAAGCUCUCAUUUACAGUAAAGUCUGUGUCCAACAAUAUAAUAAAACUUUCUGUCAAAAUUUGAAACACAGUUCAGCAAAUAUGUCGGAAUAUCGAGACGAAGAAGACUUUGUUCAGUCAGAGACGUCACAUUGGAUUUUGAUGAAUAAUGUCGCCGGUUUGGUACCAUCGUGUCUGGUCGUUUUGUUUUUUCUCAGCCCACUGGUUGAUCAUGUCAGCCAUAAAGCAGCCAUUUUAAUUACAGCGGGUUUUGGAGUAUUUGCAAAUGUUACUAACUUAUUAAACAGUGUUUACGUCGAUCUGGAUGCAAGCUACUUGUUGAUUGGUUCAAUUAUUGGUGGAUGUGGCGGAUCGUUUACGGCGAUGAUGAUGGUUAUUUAUAGCUACAUAACAAACAUAUCUGCAGACAAAUCGAAAACUGUCCGUGUUUCAGUCGUUGAAGCGAUGAUAUUUCUAGCGGGAACAAUUGGUGUGUUUUGUUCGGGACUAAUGGUUGAUCGACUGGGUUUUGUUUUUACCUUCAGUUUUACGACUGGACUUCUUGUUGUAUUAAUUCUGUAUGUCCUUAUAUGGCUACCGGAUGUAAAACCUGAUAGACAGGCAGCAGAUGACGUCGGAUGCGCGAGGAUCAUGGCAAGUCGAAUUUCGGGGAUUUUAGAGUUUAUUCAUAAGGAUAGAGAAGAAGGCGUGAAGGUUUUCAUCGGGUUGAUGAUUCUUGUUCUUUUGUUGCUGAUGGUUGCCACCUCAGGUACAGUAUCCAAUAUCAAGGGGGGAUAA